UGUGACACCUUUGGUCAUUCAUUUUUUCUCUUUCACUACUUGUCAUUCUAAAGAAAAACUUUUUUAUUUCUUAACUUGAUUAUACGACAAUGGGCAAGAUUUCAAACCGUAAAUUUCUACUAGGACGCCGCAACAAUGUCCUUUAUGGAUAUCAGAGCAAUCAACGUUCUGAUACAAUCAAUCUGGAAUCUCUCUUGCGGCCCGGAGGCAUUUCAUCUAGUACUAGGGUUAAUCACCUCAUUGGACUGCAUCCGGAAAACUCUAGUCGCCCAGGAUUUUCCUUUACCAUACCGCGACGUCAGCGUUUACUUUACUCAACUAGUCCAGCUGUGGAUCCUUCGCCGUCUAGGAUUCAACGUCGUCAAAGAAACAUCGAGAUACAUCAUAAUCGUAACUCUACUGAGCCGACUCUGCCAGGCAAUCAAGUCCUUCUACUGAAGAAUGAACAGCAGCUGAUAAAAAAAGAAAAUGAUACCAAGCCUGUGAUAAAAUUGGAAAAGUCAAAACAAAGUUAUACUAUGCCGAUUAAUAGUUGUUCCCAUUACAUAAAAAAAGAAAAAUAUAAUACUCGAUCGGCACAUUGGCGAUGCAAUCAAGACCUUCAAAUGAAAAAUAAACAGCAGCUGAUAAAAAAAGAAAAUGAUACCAAGCCUGUGAUAAAAUUGGAAAAGUCAAAAAGUUAUAAUAUGAUGAUUAAUAGUUGUUCCCAUAACAUAAAAAAGAAAAAUAUACUAUGGCAUCUGCACAUUGUUUAAGCUGUUCGAGUUCCACGACAUCCAUAGGACAAGUCCAAAUAUUCAACAACGGAGAACAGCGCUUGACACAAGGUAGAUCACAUUGACAUAGCUUCCAUUAUAAAUGUACUUUCACAAAUUGCUUU